AACCACCACCACUCGCCCUCUCUCUCUCUCUCUCUCUCUCUCUCUCGUUAUUUCUCAUAUUUCCGAUCUUCUAGCUGCUCAGAAAAUGGCAGUGAACGAAGCCAAAACCAUCCAAGUAGAGGAAUACCAAGCAUCCAGAAACUUCCUUCUCUUUCAAAUCUUGCUGAGACUUCUGGCAGGAGGUGCUGCACUUGCUGCUGUUAUCAUCAUGGUCUCAAACAGGCAAAUCAGCUAUGUCUUUGGCAUAGCUGUUGAGGCCAAAUUCAGCUACUCUGAGUCGUUCAAGUUCUUCGUGGCUGCGAAUUCGCUCGCAUUCGUGUACUCUCUCGUCUCUGUUUUCUUCAUGGCGAGGUCUUCAAGCUCCAAAUACAAGAUUCUUUUUGCGUUAUCUGUCUUGGACCUGGCAACGACGGCUUUGCUUGCUUCGGGAUGUUCAGCAGCAACUGCAGUUGCGUAUAUUGCGAAAAAUGGCAACCAACAUGCUGGUUGGCUUGCGAUCUGCGACUACAUGGACUCGUAUUGCUCCAGAGGUGGCAUUUCUUUGGCCUGUUCCUACGCUGCUUUCGUCGUCUUCUUCCUGCUUGCUGCCACUACCAUGAAGGGCCCUAGGCAAACAACCGCGGCUUCUUACUAGCCAGCUUUCGACUUUCUCUUCCUCAUGGCAGUAACGUUCAUGAUAUAGUUCUAGCCGUCAUCUGCUCUGUAAUUCUCGCGUCUAUAGUUCUAUAGAUACACUACCAACUUUAAGUUAUUGGGUAGGAAGGCUUUUCGAGAGACCAGUUAAGAAUUAUCAGUUCAAAAUCACCUCCUCUCCGUCCUUUUGUUGGUCAAUAUGUAGAUGGAACACUUUCCUGUAAGUGGGCAUUAUAAUGAUUCUGGAAUUAAAUUUUU